AUGCUGGCGGCAGGGCUGAUGCUGGAUGUGGCAUGGACCUUGCCGGUCGAUCUGGACGAUAUCCAGGAGACGCCUGAGACCGAUGAGCAGCUGCUGCAGUUGCUGGGUGGCCAGAGCAUGGAGAACACGGAACCGGAGCAUCUGCGUGCGCGUCGCCAGCCCAUUGAGGAUCCGGAUCAUGUCGAUUGCCACUCGCACUCACAUUCGCAUUCGCCCGCACAUCCCGAUGAGCUGGCACAUGAGCUGCACGGACACAAGCACCAGGCACGUUUCCGACGGGCAGCUGAUUCGAGCGGCUCAUCAGAAGAGAAAAAGCUCGGACAAGAGAAAGAAGAGAGCGAUUCCAUUAGCUCAUCCGGGGAGCGUGUCGUUACCGAGUCACUCGUAAUAGAGGACACAGCGAGGGAACAGGUGCAGGACAAGGACGACAGUUCGUCCGAGGAGAAGCCAGAGCGUCAGAAGCGAGCAGCUGCAGCGGACUCCAGUGGCUCAUCUGAAGAGGCUGGAAAGGAUAAAGCGAAGGAACAGGCGCAGGACAAGGACGACAGUUCGUCCGAGAAGAAGCCAAAGCGUCAGAGGCGAGCAGCUGCAGCGGACUCCAGUGGUUCAUCUGAAGAAGCUGGAAAGGACAAAGCGAAGGAACAGGCGCAGGACAAGGACGACAGUUCGUCCGAGGAGAAGCCAAAGCGUCAGAAGCGCGAAGCUGCAGAGAAUUCCAGCGAAGAUUUAGAGUUACAAACAGCGGCGAACGGUGUUGAAGAUGACUUUGACGCAAUCCCAGAUUCCGAAUAUGCCCAGGGCUGCGGCAUACUCGACGUGAACUCCAAUGAGCUCAACAAUGAUACCAUCUAUAAGGAAUAACCCUAGACCAAUAGCCAUAUUUAAUUAAUCGUAUUUUUAGCAAAUAAAACAAAAAAGAAGACAAAAAU